AUGGUGAUUUCUGCCAACGAGAGAGAGGUCACAAGUCGCAGCAACAGUGGAAAAUUGGAGAAAAUCGACACCUUGUCAGCAAUUCCAUACAUAUUUCCUUCAAAACUGUUGUGGGAUCAAAUAACUGUUGUUCAGGUUGGCCAGCAGUCUAAGUACAUACCACUUCAUGAGAGGAUUGCUCGGCGAAUCCGGGAUAAAACACCAUUUUUCUCGCUGGAGUUCUUUCCACCAAAGACAGCAAACGGUGUUGCUAAUUUUUUUACCCGUCUCGAUCGCUUCAAUGAAGGUGGUCCAUUGUUCGUUGACAUUACAUGGCACAUAGCAAGUGAUCCAGCGAACAUGAACAAGGAGACCUCUUCUUCGUCGAUUGCUGCCGGUUGUCUAGAUUAUUGCCGAGUUGACACUAUGCUACAUAUGACCUGUGCACAGUACUCGAAAGAGCAGACCAUUAAGCAUCUUGAACAGAGUAAAUCGGUCGGCUUGCGCAAUAUCCUUGCCUUACGCGGAGACCUCAACAACACGGACACUGAUUAUGAGUCUACCAUAUACAGGUAUCGUGCUUUGGAUAUGAUUCGUUGGAUCCGUGAAGAAUUUGGAGAUUAUUUCACAAUCUGCUGUUCCGGAUAUCCUCUUGGUCAUCCUGAAGCUCCGUCCUAUAAGGCUGAUUUGCAGUAUCUGAAAUCGAAAUGUGAUGCCGGUGCGCAGUUCAUCAUCACUCAAUUGUUUUUUGAGGCUGAGGUUUUCGAAAAAUUUGUACGUGAUUGUCGUGAGAUAGGAAUCACUGUUCCAAUAAUCCCAGGGAUUAUGCCCAUAAUGGGUUACGAUUCAAUUCGUCGGAUAGCGAUGCUAUCUCAGCUUACAAUACCUCAGUCAAUUCUGUUAGAUCUAGAGCCAAUCAAGCAUGACGACGAUGCUGUACGGAAGUAUGGAACCAUUAGGGCAACAUUUAUUCAGGCCAUCGAAAUGUGCCGUAGGAUUCUCGCCAACGGAUCCGCACCCUCAAUACAUUUAUACACGAUGAACAGGGAGGGAGCAUGCCGGCAAAUGCUUCAAGAACUAGGUUUGUGGCAUAAGAGACCGAUGCGAGCUUUGCCGUGGGAACCGCACGGGUCGAAUCACCCUCUGAGAUGUAAGGAGGACGUACGGCCUAUAUUUUGGAGCGCUCGGCCGAAAAGUUACAUCUACAGAACUCGGGACUGGGAUGACUUUCCUAAUGGUCGAUGGGGAAAUAGUUCUUCUCCAGCAUUCGGCGAUUUAAAUGAUUACUAUUUAUUUCAUCUUAAGAUAACCCAGACUAAAAAAGAAGACCUCCUUAAAAUGUAUGGCGAAGAGUUACUCUCAUUCGAUGAUGUAAAGAAAGUGUUCAAAAAUUUUAUCUCUCAGGAGACUAAUGAGCACGGAGUUAAGGUGACAAGCCUUCCAUGGAAUGAGAAGGAAAUAGGUGUUCAGCCAGAGACGAGACUAAUCAACGAGCAAUUGUUAUGGUGCAACCAAAACGGUAUUCUAACUGUGAACAGUCAACCUUCAGUAAAUGGUGCUCCGUCCACAGAUCCACUAGUGGGAUGGGGAAAACCCGGUGGUUACUGUUAUCAGAAGGCUUAUCUCGAGUGUUUCAUUAGCAAGGAAAAUGCAAAAUCCCUUCUGGAGAUUAUUGACGAGUUUUCCCCGCGAAUCAAUUAUCACCUCAUCAAUCAUGAUAUUUUUUUUGAACGUGUAUCACUCACAAUUCAUCAGGGUUCAUUCGAUCGCAUGAAUGGUGAGACUACAACUCCAAUUGCUGUCACGUGGGGCGUUUUCCCUGGAGCUGAAAUUGCACAGCCAACAGUCGUCGAUCCGUUGGCAUUUCGUGCCUGGAAAGACGAAGCAUAUGAUGCGUGGAUCAAGCACUGGGCAAAUCUGUACCCCAAAGAUUCUGAUUCGCGCAAGAUUCUCCAAAAAAUUCAUGAUGAAUUCUUCCUGCUUAACGUAGUGGAUAAUGAUUUCCAAAGGCCUGUGAUCAUUUACGAGAUGCUUGAAAAGAUGUUGAGAAAAACAAAAGAGAACGGUGCUUCUGAGGGCACUCCUGAAGAAUCCACAAACGAAUACGAGUGA